AUGUCUAAUCUUCCCGAGACUUUCGACCGACCCGUCCAUAUCGCUGUCAUAGGUGGGACGGGGCUCUAUAAGAUCGAUGGCUAUACGCCCAUCGCCCGUCUUAACCCACUGACACCAUGGGGAUACCCGUCUGCACCAAUAUUAAUCCUCGAACAUGGAGGCAUUCCUGUCGCCUUUCUUGCUCGCCAUGGGGAUUACCACCAGUAUGCCCCUCAUGAGAUACCUGCUCGUGCCAACAUUGCUGCCUUGCGCCACAUAGGCGUCCGUUGUGUCGUAGCCUUCUCCGCCGUCGGCUCCCUCCAAGAGGAAAUCAAGCCCAUGGAUUUUGUCAUACCCGACCAGGUCAUAGACCGUACCAAGGGCAUCCGCCCUUUCACUUUCUUUGAGGGUGGCCUAGUCGGUCAUGUGCCAUUCGGCGACCCCUAUGACGACAAGAUCGCCCAGGUUGUCCGUCAGUGCGCUAAGUCUAUGCAGGGUGAUGGUGUCGUAUUGCACGGGGCCGGAACUGCCAUUUGCAUGGAGGGACCUCAAUUUUCGACCCGCGCCGAAUCGAACCUCUACCGUUCCUGGGGUGGUUCGGUCAUUAGUAUGUCACUGUUACCGGAAGCCAAGCUGGCGAGAGAGGCAGAAAUGGCUUUUCAGGUUAUUUGUAUGGCCACUGACUACGAUUGCUGGCAUACCACUGAAGACGUAGACGUGUCCAUGGUUAUGCGCUACAUGGAAAGUAAUAGUAGAAAUGCACGGCGGUUGGUAGGUGCUGUACUGGACGAGUUGUGCAAGCAAGACAACAGUGACUUGGUCACCGGGAAGCAUUGGGAGGGUGCGAGCAAGGGCGCUGUCAUGUUCUGUACCAAGCCUGAGGGACGCAGUCCCGAGGCACUAAAAAGGGUUGAAUACCUGUUCCCAGGCUUCUUGUCGGGGUGAGUGGCCACCCACGAAAAUUUCUGGAAUUUUUUAAGAAAGCACAAAGGAGUCGUGAGAGGAUUAAGGUCAUCGAUACAUAGAAAUAGAAUCGCUUCCGUAGAUUACCGGAUACACUGCUCCUUGUAUAAAACCUCUUGAUAAGUAAGAGGCAUAGCAAAGAACACCAUAUUUGUUCCC